UUGCUGUUCCUUGCUCACAUGUGGUCACUUUGUUUUAGGUACAGUGUCAUCCUCCUGGCCCUGGUGGACCAUAGAUACCUCUUCCGCUACAUCAGCGUGGGCACCCCUGGGAGGUGCCAUGAUGCGAGCGUCUAUCGGCGCUCCCCACUGGCGCAUCUGCUCGAGCAGAACCAGACUGCUGUGCCAAGGGUCAUUGAUGGCACGGAGAUACCUCCCCUCGUCCUGUGUGAUCAGGCUUUUCCCCUGACGAGGAACUUGAUGAAACCAUUCCCCCACAGCCUCAACCACCCCCAAGGGAAAGGGGACUUUAACUACGCCCUCUCUAAGGCCAGGCGCGUGGUCGAAAAUGCGUUUGGUCGUUUGAAGGCCCGCUUCCGCAUCGUCCUCAAGCGGAUGGAAAUGAGAAUCGACCACGUGAACACUGUCGUCAGAGCCUGCUGCACCCUACACAAUAUCUGCGAGAUGCUCAACGACGGGGCGGAGAAGCAGUGGGUCGACGCGGCCAGGAAAAUAGAAGAGAGUGCAAAGCGCGAGCAGCCAAUGCACAGGACCAAGGCCACAGAAGAUGGCGCCGAUGCAGUGCGGGAUGCGCUCGUUGCAUACUUCGAGGCGAACCCGCCCUCUCAGCGCGGCUAA